UGUUCAUAAACCUGCAGGUUAAUCAAGUGGUUUAGCAAGUAGCAACACCCUUGUUCAGUUGUUGUUGGCUGCCAUGGGGAAGCUCUCCAUGGCUGCUGCUUCCAUCCUCUGCAUGGCCCUUGCCGCCCUGGCUGCCGUCGGCGAGGCGGCGGUCGUCGAGCACACCUUCGUUGUCCAUGAGAUGAACGAGACACACCUGUGCAACACGACCAAGAUCUACGUGGUGAACGGUCAGUUCCCCGGCCCGCAGAUCGACGUCACCGAGGGUGACACGGUGGUGGUGCGCCUCGUGAACCGGCUGCCGCACGGGCUGACGAUCCACUGGCACGGCGUGCGGCAGAUCCGGAGCUGCUGGGCCGACGGCGCAGGCUUCGUCACGGAGUGCCCCCUCCCUCCCGGCGGCGACCACACCUACCGCUUCAACGUCACGGGCCAGGUCGGCACUCUGUGGUGGCACGCGCACGUCACCUGCCUCCGCGCCACCAUCAACGGCGCCAUCGUCAUCCGCCCCAGGGACGGCAAGUAUCCGUUCCCUACCCCGGCCAAGGACGUGCCCAUCAUCAUCGGCGAGUGGUGGCAGCUCGACCUCGUCGAGCUCGACCGGAGGAUGGCCGACGGCAACUUCGACGACAACCCGCUGUCGGCCACCAUAAACGGCAAGCUCGGGGACCUUAGCAACUGCUCAGGCGUUCCGGAGGAGAGCUUCGUGUUCGACGUGGAGCCCGGGCAGAGCUACCUACUCCGGAUCAUCAACACGGCGCUAUUCUCGGAGUACUACUUCAAGGUUGCCGGACACACGUUCACGGUGGUCGGCGCUGACGGCAACUACCUGACGCCGUUCGAGACGGACAUGGUCACCGUCGCGCCGGGCGAGGCCAUCGACGUGCUCAUGGCCGCCGAUGCUCCGCCGGGGCACUACCACAUGAUCGCGCUCGCCAACCAGCCUCCAUUGCCCGACCCGCAGAUCCCGGUGUUCAUCUCCCGCGGCCUCAUCCGCUACGCCGGCGUGCCCAACGACAACAAUGGCCUCCCCGUGCCGGUGCCCAUCAUGCCCAACCAGCACAAUACCAUGCCGUCCUUCUACUUCCACAACAAACUCACCGGGCUCGCGUACCCGGAGCGCCACCGCGUGCCGAUGCACGUCGACGAGCGCUUCUUCAUCACGCUCGGGCUCGGCUCCAUCUGCCGCGACCCAACCAAGAAGGUGUGCAAGCGGAGGCGCAGCAACGAGACCAUUGUGGUGGCCACCAUGAACAACGUCUCCUUCCACCCGCCCACCACGACGUCGCUGCUGGAGCGGUACUACGACGGCACCGGCAAGGGCGUAUACACGGAGGACUUCCCGGAGCAUCCGCCGCGGCCGUACAACUACACGGACAGGGCCAUGAUCCCGCCGGGGCCGCUCGAGGAGGUGCUGGAGCCGACGUUCAAGGCGACCAAGCUCCGACGCUUCAAGUACAACACGUCGGUGGAGAUCGUGUUCCAGAGCACGGCGCUGCUGCAAAGCGACUCCAACCCGAUGCAUCUCCAUGGGUACGACUUCUUCGUGCUCGCGCAGGGGCUCGGCAACUUCAACCCCAAGAGGGACGUCUACAAGUUCAACUACCACAACCCGCAGGUCAGGAACACCGUGCAGGUGCCCCGGACCGGCUGGGCCGCAAUCCGCUUCGUCACAGACAAUCCAGGGAUGUGGUACCUACACUGCCACUUCGAGUUUCACAUCGUGAUGGGCAUGGCGACGGCGUUCAUCGUGGAGAACGGGCCGACACCUGAGACUAGCCUACCUCCGCCGCCGCCGGAAUACAAGAGAUGCGGCGCCAAUGGUCUCAGCCAGCCCUAGAGUUUUCACUCCAGAAUUUUUAUUUAUACAAAAUAAUGAAUAAACACAAAGGGAGUGUCAUGUCAUCCUUUGUCGAGUUAUUGCUGCUGAUUCUUAUCGUGAAAGAUGUAAUCUUUUUUUAAUACCUAAAUGUACGAGUUAAAAUGUAAGUUGAUCCGAUAAAAUUAAAUUUAUGAAAAUAGGAUAAUUUGAAAUAA